AUGUUGGAGGGAAAGCUCGCAAACGCAGGACUUAUCAAGAAAAUCAUCGAAUCGAUCAAGGAAUUGGUUGAUGAGGCAACUUUUGAUUGCUCUAGAACUGCUAUCAGUCUUCAAGCCAUGGAUUCAAGUCAUGUCGCUAUGGUUUCGCUCAAACUGAAGGUUGGUUUUGAGGUGGAAAAUUUGGGAUUUCUGGAAAGAAAAUGAGCAAUAUAGGGCUGCAAAUUUUGGAUUUUUGGAUGAAAAACAAAUUAGCUGAUUUUUUAUACUUUCUAAUUAUCUCAUCUCAAAUAUGCUCAUUUCUAAAGUUUCAAUUUCAGGCAAGCUUAUUCGAAACAUAUCGAUGCGACCGAAACAUCAAUUUGGGACUCUCAUUGGCAAAUAUGUCAAAAGCAUUGAAGUGUGCCAACAACGACGAUAAAUGUAUCUUCAAAUACACCGAAAAAGACGGUGAUGCAAUUGUGUUCACAUUCGCCAAUCAAAAACAAGACAAAACUCAAGAUGUCACUGUCAAAAUGAUGGAUAUUGACAGCGAACACUUGGACGUUCCUGAUCAAGAAUAUUCGGUUGUUUGUGAGAUGCCAGCUGCUUAA